AUGGUCAAGGACAAAAGGGAGUACACUCUAAAGUCUGCAAAAUGGGACUCGUUGCCGAGUUGCCAUGAUUGGGCUGUCGCUGUGCUUGGUGGAGGAAUAACUGUAGCAUGCCCUUCGGGCCUCACGGGGGCUAUUUGUAGCAAAGUCUUCUUAGCUGCCUUGUUCUACUUUAUUGAAAGUAACCCAUCUCAUAUGCCGAGUUGUCUUCGCGAAUCGGCUGCAUCUUCACAUAUGUUUGUCCCGUUCGAAGCAGCUAGCGAGCUGACAAGCGCGUCUCCCGAAGGGGCCGAAGAAGACCCUGGACGUAGAUCUGGAGAACGCCUUGCGAGAUAUGUGGCCAUAGAUGGAGGCGAUGAGGUUGUCCGUUAUCUCAACAUAUUCAUCAACCAUCUCCCGGAAGAUGGCUCCAUCACACUGAUGCAGGACAUUAUUGGCCUUGACGAUGACCAGCUUCGUCAACUAAGCCACCAUCUAGUUGACGCGAUUUUAAAGCCAGUUAAAGCAUCUGGUGCAAAGACUCCUGCAGCUGCUCAAUCUCCAUGCUCUGGCACCUGA